GAGAUAAAGCUUAAGGAUUAGGGUAGCCGCCAAGGGUUUUUGGCGACUGAAGCGUAGCAAUGGGAGAGACUGCUUGCACAUAUGCCGCUCUAAUCCUUCACGACGAUGGGAUCGCCAUUACGGCCGAGAAGAUUGCGACGUUGGUGAAGGCCGCGAAUGUGAAGGUGGACUCCUACUGGCCGAGCCUUUUCGCCAAGCUGCUUGAAAAGAGGAGCGUCGAUGAUCUCAUCCUCAGCUGUGGAUCCGGAGGUGGAGGGGCCGCAGUGGCCGUGAGCGCUGUUGCUGGGGAUUCCGCGGCCGCGCCUGCCGCUGCCGAGGAGAAGGAAGAGAAGAAGGAGGAAGCGAAAGAAGAGAGCGACGAUGACAUGGGCUUUAGCUUGUUCGAUUAGUGUGAUUCGGCGAAAAAAGAAAAUUUUCGAAAGUUUUGAGCCAAUGUAAUUCAACCUUUUAAUCUAGACUCUCUAAUGAGCA